AUGGUGCUCCGGCCCAGAGCUCUUGGAGGAAAGUGCUACCUCGUAGGCAAUUUGGUCACUAAACAGCUAAAAGUUCCUCCUGAGAGUUUAUGUGAGCUCCCUCCUGGACCCUCUUCCUAUCCUGGCAUUCUGCUCCCAUUUUCAGAGCUGGUGGAAGACUCUUUCCCUACAUGUGGCCCCAAAGAUGGAGGCCCUGAAACCCCCUCUGUGAUAGACCCAGAGAUCCAAAGAGUGGCCGCAGGUGGCCCCAGGGGCUCCCAGGAGGAGAGCUCGGCCUGGGCAGCACAAGCCCUGACCGGCCCCAGGGCCAGUGGUUGGAUUGACAACAGCACCAGGGCUGUGUCCGUGCACUUUACCCUGUACAGCCCUCCAGCCCAGCUCUUCUCAAGCGUGUCCCUGAGCGCUGAGAUGCUCCCCACUGGGGGUCUCACCCCCUCGUCCCUGCUGGAGUCAGUCACCGUCUUCUGCAGUGACUCAGCCCCUGCUUCCAGAGACCGUAAGAAACAAUUUACCAGCAUUUUUGUUCACCUGGUUUGUUUGUGUUGCCUCCCCCAGUGGGUCUUCCUGGUGCUCAACCUGACUCACCUCUGUUUCCAGUUCUAUGGCAUGAUCGGGAUUUUGCUCUCUAAGUCAUGCAGGUAUCACAGCGAGCCCUUCCUUCCUCGGGAGCCCAUCUGGUAG